AUGGCGGCUUUUGGUGAUCUUUGCAUCGUGCAUCAAAACGACUCAAGAGAAACUGAAAUCCUUAUUUCUAAAGCCGUUAAACUUGGAUAUGAAACGAUAGCAAUAAGCUCUACCUUCCUGCUCACUAACAACAAGAAAACCAAGCUUAAAACGUCAUGUCCUCCGCCUAUAAAUUGGAAUGAAAUACCAGCUGUGAAAACCUUGAAGGCGAAGAACAAAAAUCUGAAAAUUCUGUCUCGUUUGACUGUUCCUCUGGAAGAAAACAGUCAAAUGCAUCAGCUUGCAACAGAUACAGUCCUUUCAUAUGAUAUCUUGGCCGUACGGCCUGCGAGUGAUAAGUUAUUUCAACAGUGUUGUGGAAGUUUAGAUGUUGAUAUCAUAUCAAUCGAUAUGACUUCUCGUCUGCCAUUCUACAUAAAACUACCUCAGGUCAAACAAGCCAUUGAAAGAGGAAUUCAUUUUGAGAUUGUAUACUCCCCGGCAAUAAGAGAUAAUACCCAACGACGUUAUAUUAUGAGUAAUGCAAUGGAACUUGUUCGCGCAUCAAAGGGAAGAAACGUUAUCAUGUCUAGUGAAGCUGAAAAUCAAAUUGACCUACGGGGGGCUUACGAUGUAGCGAAUCUAGGCAUGCUGUUUGGAUUAAAAGAAGAACAGUGCAAGGCAGCAGUGUCUAGAAAUGUUAGGGCAGUGUUGUACCAUGCACAGGCUAGAAGGAGUACAGAAAAAUCAACAAUAGGUGGAUGCCUUAUUAGUUCUGUGAAAAGUGGGCUACAAAAAAUGGGAAAGAAAAGAGAAAUGGAAAAUGAAAGGGAAGGAGUUGAUUGUAAUGAAAGUCUCAUAACAUCAGGAAAGAGGAAUAGGAAUGAAGAGGAAAUCCCUCCAAAGAAGAAACAAAAGUCUUUGAAGUAGUUUCUUUUAAUGGAAAAUCAAAAUUAUGGUAUGGAUGGAGAGCUAAAGGCUUGCUUUGGCACAAGUGAUGUGUAGCUUGGAAAACUUAGCUGAAGCCCCCAAUUAAUAUACUUAUUCAACAAAGACAAUAAGGCUUCAAAAUGGUUAUGCUAGCAUGUCUUUUUAAUCAUGGGUUAUCACUUUUAAUAGUCCCCUUCACAGUUCCUUGCGCCAUCUUGAAAGUAACCAUGCUGUCAAUCAAAGCAAUGGGAGAGCAUAUGCAGGGGGGAGCUAAGGGGCCAGGAGACAUUUAAACAAUUAUUCAAAAUGUUAAAAGGGAUGUCUAUCAUUGGAAGAUUACUGCAGUUCUUACUUCAAUGCUCAGGCACAGUUACCUUUCAAAAUGGUACAGGGCUUUGAAUGAAAACAUUAGCAAUCUUCAUACUCAUGAAUGGUAUACCCCAAAUUAUGUAUGAUAAAUACAAUGUUUAUCUUUAUAGGUGAGCAUAAAGAGAUGAAAUUUGUUUUGGUUGAUUGUUAUCUAAAUCGUGGACCAGAAAUCUUUGGGCAAUUCAAUAAAGCAAAGUGACAAAACCUAUUGUUAAAAUAGUUGACACAUGAACAUCACAUCGGCAAUGUUUAUGAACACUAUUAUAUUUUUCUGGUUAUAAGCAUUUCACAUAUAACCUAAGUUCUUAGCUGACAACAUCCAGUUUCAAAUUUUUUCUAUUGUAAGAAACUUUAAAAAAGUUGACAAAGGUUUGUUGGAUAACCGUGUCUCCCAAAUCAUACAAAGUGUUCUCAGUUAAAGAUAAUUUUCCAAUAAGAUAUUCAAAAUACACCGUAUUAGAAAAUAACUGUUAUGAAUGUCGUGUUCUGAUUGGUUUGGAGCGCGUUUUAUGUUAGCACAUUGCACGCGCGCGCACUUUCCGUUGCGUCAUUCCUAUCUAUUAUUGUAAUUUGUAUUUUAUAAAAGAAAUAAAAAACUUGCUUGCUGUGCUGUAUGCAGCCUAAAGCACUUGGGGAUUGGCAGAACACUCGAGAAGUGUCCAGAAGCACUCCACUACGCGUCAUGCUUCUCCUAACACUUCUCUCAUGUUCUGACAACCCCCGCUUGCUUUAUGAUAGCACACAGCAUGCGCGCGCGUUUUCUAUUUUUUCAUCAAAAUAUGGUGUCCAAUAGGCCAUUUGCAAUAGACUGUCACAAGAUUAUUACUGGAUGGCAAAAGCAUUUGGACUUUUGACCAAAUUUAGAUUGAUUGUUGGCCUAUUUUAAUAACUUACUAUUGUUCUGGACUGACUAGCCUCUCUUACAUGUGAAAAUGCUUUUGUGUUUUCACGUGAACAGCUAGAUGGUCAGAACAAUAGUAUUCAAAUUGGUCACCAUAAUAUUUCCAUUCAUAGAGUAUCUAUA